GAGCCACUUCAGUUAAUAGUGAAACAAAGAAAGAAAAUGAUCGCGAUAUUGUUAGUGAGUCUGUUAGCAUGCGCGAGCGCAGCGCCGCGGUGGCAUCAACACCACCGCUCAGCCCCGUCACCGUUCGAUGGCAGCUUGGAGCGAUACUUGAACGAGCAAAUGUUCGACACGAACAGGUUCUGGGAUGAACUAAGCAGAGAUCUAAACCGAGAGAUGAUGGAGCUGGAAACAGUGUUAUCCGACUUCAGCAAACAUUUCCCGAGUAUAUCUUCCUCGGAAGGAAUUGAAGGGAACGAGUACAAGAUCUCGAUUCCUUUAACCGGGUUCGAGGAGAAAGACAUUGUUGUUAAAGCCAGGAAGGGAUUACUCAUGGUUCAAGCGGUUAGUUCCGGUGUGAACCAUAAUAGCUACAUGGAUGUAAGGACGCUGCCGGCGUGUGUGGGGGAACAGGGCAGCUGGUCUUAUGAAAAUGGUGUUCUGAAGAUCGUUUUUCCAGUCGUACAAAGCAGCGAUAGCGGAACCAAAGAACUUACUCCUGCAGUUGAUGCAGAAGCUGUCACCCCAGUUCCGGACCGCAGUCGAGAGGAGACCGAAAGCCCGGUCUAUGAAAAUGGAGACAUAGAUUUAGUCAGAGGCGAUUUGGGCAAGAACAAUGAAAUACAGACCAACGAGAUUCCUAAAGUGGAAGCCACAACUUACGCGGUUGACUUGAAAGGCGAUGUAGAAUUUGUGCCUGUACAAUAUUAAAUGCCAGACAAUUAAUCUAUAAGAUUAAUCUCUUAUAAAAAGCCCUUUGUGAACCUUGUUAAUGUAUAAUGUACUAUGUUUUUUUGAAAUUUACAACUUCGGUAUGGGCAAUAGUCAUGUUAUUUGUCUUGAGUCACUUUGGUUAUAUAGUAAAGUAAAUAAUGAAGUAAAUCACAUUA